AUGACUUACAGAAUACGAAUGUCGGACAAAUUUUUGCGCAUUUGCGCGCCAUUUUCUGUGAUUUGGCGGUGGCCUCUGUCGGAUACCUCCCAUGACAUACGACAUGCCCGCAACCGCAUUUUUUUGCCUUCUUCUGCCAUCUUGACGAAGCCAAAAUCGUUCUGUGAUCGCGGUUCAUUUCCUUGCUUCUCUUUACUUCACCGGAUCCACCUCGACCCGUGGACAGCCUUUUCUUCCGUUUCAUCUUCUCUUCAAAUUGCGAUUGCAUCCAUCACGGCUCACACCAUCUGGCGCGGGCACUGGGAAUCUGUCUUUGACAACUUCCCCUUCCUCCUCAAUGUAGUCACAGCUAAGGCAGUGACUUCCAUACAUAGAUCCCAUAACCUCAACACCACCUAA